AUGGACGCCCCGGAUGAUGCUGUGCUGCGCCUGGCCCAGCUGGCUCUGCGCUGCACUGUGCAACGCACUGCAAGCCGGCCCAACAUGGCAGACAUUGCCAACGAGCUGCAGGGAAUCAGGCACGAGGUGGUGGGGAAGGAGGAGCUCAGUGCAGCAGUUAAGGUGGAUGAGCAAGCAGAGGGGAUGCGAACUGCUGCCACACGCUCUGCUACUGCUGUUGCCCUUGCCGCUACUAGCACGCGCACCACCGCAUGCGCUGCCUCUGCUAUUGCGACGGCCAGCGCACCCAUCAACUGCCAACGCUAG